AUGACGGCGCUGACGUGUACAGCGCCGACAUUGACUCGCUGUACCUAUUCCGUCGCGGUAAGCUCAUCCCGAGCGAAGAGACGCAGGAGACGGCGUGUAAGAAGUCUCGUGUCAUCAUUACUGGCGUCCCCGUUAAGAGCUACAAGCUGCCGCUUGAGUGAGUCAGCGAAAACACGGUCAUCAUCAACGUCGCGUCCUUCAAGAACGUGGCCGAGGCCGAGCUGCUUUAGAUAA